AUGGAAUUAAGUAAAACAGAUUUGUUAAAAUUAUUAAGUUAUCUUGAGGGCGAACUCCAAGCUCGAGAUGUCGUUAUAGCAACAUUGAAGGCCGAAAAAGUUAAAAGGCUUUUAACACCAGGAAGAAUUUGGUUAAAUUCAUUAAACGAUCCUCGAGCGGCUUUACAGAGAGAUGAAUUUGCGAGUGCCGAACCUGGAAUGGAUGAAGAACAAAUUCAAUCUCUUGCUGAAUUUCAAAUGGUGGCUUUAGAUAAUUAUGUAAUGCAGCAUAGGAAAAUGACUGCUCACAUGUUUAGAUUAAAACACGAACAUGAUACUGCUCAAGGAGAUGAUAUAACGUAUGGUUUAGAAAAAGAGAGGACAAGACUUAAACAGGAGCUAGAGUUAGAAAAAACGGGUCGUAAAAAGGCGGAAAAAGACCUAAAAAGAAUUUCAGAUUUGUUGGAGGAAGAAAAAGCAAGAACUAAGUCCAUUGUACUUUUAUUAAUAGCUGAAAGGAAAAAAGCUUUAAUUAAAUACAUAUUAGCAGAAGAAAAAAGUCGAAUCGAUGCAAUGGCUGAAGGUUUAGAAGAAGAAAGUAAAAAAAGUCUUCAAAUGGAGGCUGAAUUAGAAAAACAAUUGGCUCAGUAUAAAGACUUAGAAGCAGAAGCAGAGAGGCAUAAAGGUGAAGCAGAUAAUUUUAAAAAGCAAUUAGUCGAGGCUCAUCAUGUGGCAAUGUUCCAGGCUGGAACUGGAACUUCCGGUUUAUGCCCGAGGCCUCCUCAACCUCCUGCGAAACCAACAAUCAAUGCGCCUCAACCAGUUUCAUCACCGAGACCUACUGCUCCUACAAGCGGAUUAACUCAUAUAUCUCCUAAAGUUCCGUGGACGGGUUCAGUAGCCGUUACAGAAGGCAGCGCUUCUCCUCCUCCUAAUGCAAUGCUCAGCAGUGUAGCCAAAGUCGUUCAACCAACUGCUACAGUUUCCAGUGUUCCAGUGUGUGGUCCCAUUUCACCGGGUCAGGGACUUCGAAAUCUUGUAUAUACUCCGAGUGGAUUUUCCCCCGCGGGUACAACCACAGCUGCCAGAGAUCCCUCUUGGUCUUCUCAGGGUCUUCCAGAGUCUUCUUCUUCUCCUCAAGUUGCUGCAACCGGAAAAGCAACUGGUGUGACUCCACAGGUUGGCGCAGCCCGUGUUAACAUGCAACCGAAUGCUGGAGGGAAAGUUUACGGAAACGUUGAAACCUGCAAAAUAAGUUUUUACGCGGGAUCUAAUUCGUCGCCUACUCAACCCCCUCUUAAAAAACCAGCGACCACCGGAAGAGGGUUUCCACCACCCAUUCCUCCCAACAAACCCGUCGUGCCGCCAAAAAAAGACGUUAUCCGAAGAGUUGAAAAUGAAAAGGGUGGUUCCGAUCAAAUGGGAAUAAAAUAUAACGUUAAUUUGCGCGAUAAAGUUCACUGUCCUGAAGUUCACGAGGAAGAAUCAUCGCGACGAGAACCGCAGGAAACAUGCUCUUAG